AUGCAGGCCGGUCGGGCACCGGACAUCAGCGUCAGCGCCGAGAACUGCAUCCCCGCGGGGCUGCGCCUGGGCCCCGUGCCCGGCGUCUUCAAACUGGGCAAGUACUUGGCAGACCGCAGGGAGCCGGGACCCAAGAAAAAGGUGCGGAUGGUGAGGGGGGAGCUGGUGGACGAGGCCGGGGUGCCCCCCCUGGAGUGGAUCGGGCUGAUCCGGGCAGCCAGGAACACGCAGGAGCAGACCCUGGAAGCCGUGGCGGAUUUACCGGGUGGACAGAUCUUCUACAGGGCCCUGAGGGAUGUGCAGCCCGGGGAAGAGCUGACCGUAUGGUAUUCCAACUCUCUGGCGCAGUGGUUUGACAUCCCCACGACGGCCACUCCAACCCACGACGAGAAAGGGGAGGAGCGCUACAUCUGCUGGUUCUGCUGGAGGACGUUCAGAUACCCCAACAGCCUCAAGGCGCACCUGCACUUUCACUGCGUGCUGGGCGGCGGCGGCGGGGGCUGCGGGGGAGGCGCCUUCGUGGGCCCGGAGCUGAGCGUCCCCCCGGCCCCGGCCGGGCCCCCUCCGGGCCCGCAGCCUCGGCCGUGCGGGGCCGUGGGGCCGGGCCGCAGGCGGGAGUCGCCGUCGGGCCCGGACGGGCCGGACCGACCCGACCGAGGGGACCGAGGGGACCGUCCGGGCCGGAGGGCGGGCGGGGGCGUCCGCGGGGAGCAGGACCGAGCGCUGGACAUGAGCGUGGGGCCGGGCCGGGGGGUGGGCGGGCCCUGGGCGUCCGGCCAGUCCUUGCCCCCCGGGCUGCGGUCCGCCUUCAGGCCGGCCUGGCUGUCCAAGGCGGCGGGGGGCCUGGGCUUCUCCAAGCUGCCGUCGGGGGGGAGCAAGGCCGGGGGCCGGCCGGGCCUGGGGCCGUCGGGGCCGCCCCCUGCGCCGCCCCCCAAGCGCUCGGACGGGGGUCCGACCCCUCCGGCCGCCCCGACCCUCGCGGGGCCUCCGGACGCCGGGGUCCUGCGGGGCUUCGGGCGGCCCCCCGACGGGGCGUCGGCCUUCAAGCAGGUGCCCCCGGGGCGCUGGCCGCCGGUCCCCGCGGCGGCGGCGGGGCUGUCCGGCCUGUCCGGCCUGUCCGGCCUGUCCGGCCUGUCCGGCCUGUCCGGGCUGGGCGGGGACGGCCUCCCUCUGCCGCCCUUCCCGGGGGACGGCGUCCACCCGCCCGCCUUCCUGCCCGCGGCCUUCGCCGUCUACAACGCGGAGCUGCUGUACGGGCCGGCCGCCUGCUGCCCGCUCCGGCUGCACCUGGGCGGCCUCCUGCAGCCCCCGGACCCGCUGCCCUGCUUCUUCCCGGGCCCGCCGCCCCCCGCCGCCCCCGCCGCCGGCCAGCCGGGCCCCCCGGACGGUCCGGAGAGGGAAGGGGACCGGCCCCGCCGGCCCGACGGCCCCGAAGGCCCCGACGGCCCCGACGGCCCGCAUCGGGGCCGGGCCGGCCGGGCCCGGGAGGCGGGAGGCCCGGCUGGCCCGGGGUCAAAGGUCAAGGCGGGCCACCUGUGCCUCUACUGCGGCAAGCUCUACUCGCGCAAGUACGGGCUGAAGAUCCACAUGCGGACCCACACGGGCUACAAGCCCCUCAAGUGCAAGGUCUGCCUCCGCCCCUUCGGCGACCCCAGCAACCUCAACAAGCACAUCCGCCUCCACGCCGAGGGCCAGACCCCCUACCGCUGCGACUUCUGCGGGAAGGUCCUCGUGCGCCGCCGCGACCUCGAGCGCCACGUCAAGUCGCGACAUCCCGGCCGCGGCCCGCCAGCCCCGACCCCCGACGACCGGCCCGACGCCGGCCCCCAGGGCGACCCCAAGAGCGACCACGACAGCGACGUCGACGUCUGCUUCACCGACGACCCCGGGGACCCCGACACGGGGGGGAGGCCCCGCUCCGGCCUGUGA